AUGGCGCUUAGACUCCCUCCUCCACCUCAACCUACCGAACCAGAUGCAUCCAACAACGCUAGGUUGUUGGAGACGGUGAUCGAUCGUUUACAGCAACAAAACACGACCCUAAUGGAACAAAAUGCCACCCUGAUGCAGCAAAAUCAGAGUGCCAUGCAAAGUUUGGAAGCCUCACGAACCAGUUCGGAAACAACUCAGAGGCAGCUGAUAGAGAUUCUAGCAGCAACCGGGCAUACUGUGGGAGCGUCUUCUUCUAACGCUGCCCCGCCUACUGCUGAAUGGAGCUUGGAGAGUUUCCUCCAACACCAUCCGGCUAAGUUCAGUGGGAAGGGUCUCCCAGAUGAAGCAGAUCAGUGGUUAAGGGAUAUAGAGAAGAUCUUCAAUGCCAAGAGAUGUCCAGAUGAGAAUAGAUUAGCGUACGCAGAGUAUUUGUUGACGGGGGAAGCAAGUCAUUGGUGGACGAGCGCGAGAGCCAUUCUAGCAGACGCGCGACAGCCGAUCACUUGGGAAGUGUUUAGAACUAAAUUUUAUGAAGAGUACUUCCCGGAUAGCGUUCGGUUUGCAAAGGAAGUUGAAUUUCUGCAACUAGUUCAGGGGAGUAUGUCUGUUUCAGAGUAUACCAAUAGGUUCAAGCACCUCGUCAGAUUCAAUACCAUGGCCACGAGUGAAGUGUGGCAGUGUAGAAAGUUUGAAAACGGAUUGCGAAGCGACUUGAAAGUACUGAUCUCCAGUUUGUGUAUCCGAACGUUCCCUGCUAUGGUUGAGAGAGCCAAAGUAUUGGAAAGGAACAUGGCAGAAGCGGAACGGCAAAAGAAGCAGCAGCAAGCGAUUAGGGGACCGAUAGUGUCCAGGGGAGGUGCUGUCCAGAGGAGACCUCCUUACGCUCGUCCUAACCAAUCUUCUCAGACGAGCGGAUCUCAAGCAGUGGUUCCUGUCGGACCGUCUGGACAGGGAAGUGUGGUUUGCUACCAGUGUGGAGGGCCACAUUAUAGGUCUUCAUGCCCUCAGUUGGUGGGAGUAAAGCACUGUAAUCGUUGUGGAAGAAAUGGACACUCGGAUCAUGAGUGCAAUAUGAGUGGGCGUGCGGUGAUGAGGCCACCCAAUGUUGGAAGGAAUCAGGCGAGAGGAGGACGAGCCCAAGCAAGUGGGCGAGUGUAUGCUAUAACGAGCGCUGAGGCAGCGAGCUCAGAAGAAGAAGUUCUUUCAGUGACGCUCGGUCAGCUGAAAGAAGAUAUUAUGGAGGGCGCUAGCUGUUUCCUCAUUAUGACGCAUGAAGACGGAGGAGUUAGGAAUGAGAAUUUCGGACGAUCGUCAACUAUUGGCAGCAAUGGACGAUCGGUUGUGGAUGAGUUCGCGGACGUUUUUCCGGAGGAGAUCCCUGGACUUCCCCCUCAGCGUGAAGUGGAGUUCACCAUUGAUUUGGUGACGACAGCGGCUCCCAUCUCGAUCCAGCCUUAUAGAAUGUCGCCUGCGGAGUUAGCUGAACUCAAGGAGCAGAUUGAAGAGUUGAUAGAGAAGAAGUUCAUUAGGCCGAGCGUCUCACCUUGGGGAGCGCCCGUGCUGUUAGUAAGGAAGAAGGAUGGUAGCUCUCGGUUAUGUAUAGACUACAGACAACUAAAUAAGCUGACCAUCAAGAACAAGUACCCGUUGCCAAGGAUAGAUGACUUGCUGGAUCAAUUACAUGGGGCUGCUGUGUUCUCGAAGAUUGAUUUGAGAUCCGGAUAUCAUCAAAUCAGAGUUAAGGAAGACGACAUCCAGAAGACGGCAUUCAGGUCUCGUUAUGGGCAUUAUGAAUAUGUGGUGAUGCCUUUUGGUGUAACGAACGCCCCAGCAGUGUUCAUGGAGUAUAUGAACCGCAUAUUCAGACCCUAUUUGGAUAAGUUUGUGGUCGUCUUCAUAGAUGAUAUUCUCAUCUAUUCCAGGACCGAAGACGAGCAUGAAGAGCAUCUUAGGCUUGUACUUGGAGUGUUGCGGGAGAAGGAGUUAUAUGCCAAGUUGUCUAAGUGCGAAUUCUGGAUGAAGGAGAUUCAGUUUUUGGGUCAUGUGGUGUCGGCUGGAGGCAUCUCGGUGGAUCCAGCGAAAGUGCGAGCGGUACUGGAAUGGGAGAGUCCGCGUUCGGUCACUGAGGUGCGUAGUUUUGUUGGACUGGCGGGCUACUACAGACGUUUCAUUGAAGGCUUUGCUAGAAUAGUGGCACCGCUAACUCAGUUGACCCGAAAAGAUCAGCCGUUCGCUUGGACAGAUCGUUGUGAGGCCAGUUUCCAGGAGUUGAAAGUGAAAUUGACGAGCGCUCCAGUGUUAGUUAUUUCGGACACUUCUAAACCUUUUGAAGUGUACUGCGACGCUUCUCACCAAGAAGGAGUUGAAUAUGAGGCAGAGGAGGUGGCUCGAGUUCUUGAAGGACUACGACUUCGAGCUACUCUAUCAUCCAGGGAAGGCGAACGUGGUAGCGGACGCUCUAAGCAGAAAGGUGGUACAUGUGUCGUCCAUGAUGGUGCGCGAGCUGAGCUUGGUGGAGAGUUUCAGAGAUCUAAGGUUACAGUUUGA